AUGACCGGUUCGAAUACCCAAGCGUUAGGCCAGAAGACCCCUGCGGCAGCUGCAGCUCAAGGUGGAACCCAGAGGGCGCGCGUCUUCGCUCUCACCAAGGGGGAUGUUGAGCAUGCCGAGGCGGUGGUCACAGGGACUAUUUUAGUGCUUAGUAUGCCUGCUUACGCAUUAUUUGACUCUGGAUCUAGUCAUUCUUUGAUUGCUUCUACCUUUGUUCGACAUGCGGGCCUAGACCUAGAAUCGUUAGGCUUUUUGUUGUCGGUAUCCACCCCGUCAGGAUCUGUGUUGGUCACUAGUCAAGUGGUGAAAGGAGGCCAGCUCUCUUUCGAUGGUCAGACCUUUGAGGUAAAGUUAAUUAAACUGGAUAUGCAGGAUUUCGAUGUGAUACUAGGCAAGGAUUGGUUAGCUGCUAAUCGGGCUAAUAUUAAUUGCUCGAAGAAGGAAGUUAGUUUUCGCUUGCCCUACGGACAAAACUUUACCUUUAAAGGAGUUAAGGCCGGGGUCCCAAUGGUGGUGUCGGCAUUGAAGGCCAGCUAUCUUCUCCAGCGUGGUGCUUAG